AUGUUCUGGCUUCAGGCUCUGAGGAAAGAGAAGUCCCGGGACGCGGCGCGCUCUCGUCGGGGGAAGGAGAACUUUGAGUUUUAUGAAUUGGCCAAAAUGCUUCCGCUGCCUGGAGCCAUCACCUCGCAGCUGGACAAGGCCUCCAUCAUCCGCCUCACCAUCAGCUACCUGAAGAUGAGGGACUUCGCCAACCAGGGAGAUCCCCCCUGGAACCUGCGCAUGGAGGGCCCGCCCCCCAACACGUCCGUCAAAGAGAGUACAGAGGAGAGAGGACAGAGGAGAGAGGAGAGAGGACAGAGGAGAGAGGAGAGAGGACAGAGGACAGAGGAGAGAGGACAGAGGACAGAGGAGAGAGGACAGAGGAGAGAGGACAGAGGACAGAGGAGAGAGGACAGAGGACAGAGGACAGAGGAGAGAGGACAGAGGACAGAGGACAGAGGAGAGAGGACAGAGGACAGAGGAGAGAGGACAGAGGAGAGAGGACAGAGGACAGAGGAGAGAGGACAGAGGACAGAGGACAGAGGAGAGAGGACAGAGGACAGAGGAGAGAGGACAGAGGACAGAGGAGAGAGGACAGAGGACAGAGGACAGAGGAGAGAGGACAGAGGACAGAGGAGAGAGGACAGAGGAGAGAGGACAGAGGAGAGAGGACAGAGGACAGAGGAGAGAGGACAGAGGAGAGAGGACAGAGGACAGAGGACAGAGGAGAGAGGACAGAGGACAGAGGACAGAGGAGAGAGGACAGAGGACAGAGGAGAGAGGACAGAGGACAGAGGACAGAGGAGAGAGGACAGAGGACAGAGGAGAGAGGACAGAGGAGAGAGGACAGAGGAGAGAGGACAGAGGAGAGAGGACAGAGGACAAGAGAAUCUCCUCCUCAUCUCUUCUGUCCCACUCAUAUCCUCCAACUCCCUGUCUCUCCCCUUCUGUCUCCCUUCUCUCCUCCUCUGUCUGCCUCCCACUAUCCUCUCCUCCUUUUCUUUUCCUUUCACCUCCUCCUAUUCUUACCCGUCCACCUCCCCCUUAUCCUCUUUUGUACUCCCCUCUUGUCCCCCACCGACCUCGUAUAAUAUUAUGUCCACUUCUCCCUCACUCCUCACCUGGCCUCUUCCUCACCUCACCUGCCCACCUCCCCCUCCCCUCUCUCCUCUUCAGUCCACCUCCCACUCGUCUCCUCAUCCUAUCCUCCUUCUCACCUGUCUCGUGUCUCUGUCUCUCUCUCUCUCUCCUGUCCUGGUGUCCUUCGUGUCUCACCUGGUGUUUGUGGUUGAAGCCAUCGGAUCUCAGCGGCGCCGGAACCAGAGCGUCGUGGCGUCCGACAUUUUCGAGCCGCACCUGGGCAGCCACAUCCUGCAGGUGGACGGGGGAGGAGAGAAGGGAGACAGAAAAGGACAGUGGGAGGUGGACAGGGAGGAGAGAAGGGAGACGGAAGAGGACGGGGAAAGAGAGAAGGGAGACAGAAGAGGACAGUGGGAGGUGGACGGGGGAGGAGAGAAGGGAGACAGAGAAGGAGUGAUAGGGAGGUGGACAGGAGAGACAGGGAUAUGGAAGGGGGAGGAAAGAAGGGCGACAGAAGAGGAGAGAUAG